AUGCAGGUGCCGAGCAGAGCCUUUGGAUUCCCCAUGCGUAAUUACGCGCCGCUCUAUCCGCAGCACCAUGGACACCAGCGCGCGUCACCCACGAAGCCUCCCAGUGGGAAAUCUUUCACCAUCGACGCUCUGCUCGCCAAACCGGAGGAAGCGAGCUGCGACAGAGCGAGUCCCACUCACUACCAGACCGCGGCUCCACUCGUGCCUCUGAGUGGACACUUGCCGGUGACCGCGGCACCUUACAUGUACUCUCCAAACAUGCUGCACUCCGCUGUCCACGCGCAGCCCGGUGGAUACUCUGUCUACUGUUGCCCGCCCUUCAACUACCAGGCAACGUGCCGCGGAGCUUUUUACGCACAAGCCUCCAUGUCUAAAGUGAACGCCGGUUUGCACUCGUUCAAGUCCAAAAGUGGCAAGUCCAAACGCAUGCGCACCAGCUUCACCAGCGAGCAGCUGUCCCGGCUGGAGAAGGAGUUCGCGCGGCAGCAGUACAUGGUCGGAUCCGAGAGGUUCCUGCUGGCUUCCGCCCUGCAGCUCACUGAGGCUCAAGUCAAAGUCUGGUUCCAGAACCGACGUAUCAAGUGGCGCAAACAGAGUCUGGAGCAGCAACAGGCCAAACUGGCCAAACUGGGACUGGCCCCUCCGCCCAAGAGCCCCGGGUCCCAGGGCCACGGCGACGAGGGCGACGAGGACGAGGAGUUCUCCGACUCGGACGUGGACAUCGACGUGUCGGACGACUGCACCGACCACUGCUGACAGAAGACACCAAAGACUCUGUACAUACACGGCCGAGGACUGUGUGAUUAUUUAAUAGAUGUAUAGCUAUAUAUUUAAUUUUUCUACUUUUUUAUUAUUGCUCUUUGAUGAGUCCCAUGUUUGUAUAUUUGGAUGAAAUAUUCAGAAAUAUAUUUUAUGACACCUA